UUAACAUCUGACCACGACUAGAGCAGAAAACAAUGAUUCGAUUCGGGUCGAUUAUUGGACCUUUAUUGAUGAUUCUGUUUCAUUUUCCAGCACCAGAGGGGCAACCUUCGUCCUUCUUCACCGUCCAAGCAGGUGACAAAAUAACUUUGCCUUGUGAAAAUCUGAGAAAAGAUCAGAAAACCUGUGACAGGACGACGUGGACGUACAGAAACUUUAUGCAGGAAGGAACCAUUUUUGAAAAUGGGCAGAUAAACAAAGAUGCAACAACUAAAUCCGGCAGACUGAGUUUAUCAGCGAACUGCUCUCUGGUUAUAAAGACGAUCACACUUCAGGAUGCUGGGCUUUACAGCUGCAAACAAAACAGGCCAGCAAGUCACGAUUCACAAGACUCUCUGGUUGAUGUGUCUGUCAUUAGAGUGAGUGAGGAGGAGUUUAAUGGUGACUUUAGCUUGCGCUGCUCUUUACAGGAACAUCACUACUGCACUCACACAGUGGAGUGGGUGUAUGACCAGAAAAUGCCCUCCGGUGUGGAGGUGUUAUCAUAUUCCUGCUGGGCCACUGUGACAUUUACAGCAUCUUUCUUCAGUCAGAAGUCAAACAUUUAUGAGUUACUGAAAUGCAAAGUAACUAAAACCACUGGAGAGGCUCAGCUGUUCCGCUUCAGGCCUCAGUCUGAUGAGGAGGAAGAUGGAGAAAAAGAUGCAACAACAACAACAAACACACCAACUUUACUGACCACAAGAAAACCAACAGUCGCUAUAGCAACAACAUCCGUCAGCAGGAAAUGGACGAGUCUCAGUGGCAAUGCAACAGACAACAGGAAGAAUUCAAAGCAACAAGAUUUCAUCUAUUUUUUAAGAUGCAUCAUUGUGAGUGUGGGUUUGGCAGCUCUCCUAAUAUUGGUUGUUGCAGUCAACAUGUGGGCUAAAACUAAAGGAUUCGGACCGACUGCUGAAGCUCCUCUGACCGUGAAGGAAGCCAGCAGUGAAAAACACUGA